CUCCGGGCCGCCCCGCUUAAAGGGGGCGGGAGCGGCGGGGGCCGCUGCGCGCCGGCACCGCCUGCGCCCGGCUCUGCUCCGCGCAGCUCUGCGCGGCUCCGCUCGGCCCGGCCCGUGCGCCCCCCGCGCCCCCCGCGCCCCGCCGGAGCAGGCAGGCGCCCAUGAUGAGCGGCCGGCUCCUGCUCCUCGCCGUGCUCCACACGCUCCUGGGGCCCCCAGCUGCCACUGCGCAGAAGAGGAGCCAAGAGGUGUGCGUCGACGUGUACGCGGCUGACAUCGCUUUCCUGGUGGACGGCUCGUCCAGCAUCGGCAGGAACAACUUCCGCAUCGUGCGCAUCUUCAUGGAGGAGCUGGUGCGGCCCUUCGGGCACGCGGUGGGCGAGCAGGCAGUGCGCUUCGCCGCCGCGCAGUACAGCGACGAGCCACGGGUGGAGUUUACCUUCUCCCAGCACGCCAGUGGCGCUGGCGUCCGCAGGGCCAUCCAGCAGCUCAGCUACAAGGGCGGCAACACGCGCACCGGCGCCGGCCUCCGCUACAUCGCCGACACCUUCUUCGGGCCGGCGCAGCAGCAGCGCCCCGGGGUGCCCAAGAUCUGCAUCCUCAUCACCGACGGCAAGUCGCAGGACGACGCCGAGCAGCCGGCGGCGCGGCUCAAGAGCCAGGGCGUCAAGAUCUUCGCCGUGGGCAUCAAGAACGCCGACCGCGGGGAGCUGCUGCGCGUGGCCUCGGCGCCCACCGACGCCUUCUUCUUCUACGUCAACGACUUCAAGAUCCUCAGCUCCCUGGUGCCGCUGAUGACGCGCCGCGUGUGCACCGUCACCGGAGGAACCCUGCGCCCGGCCGGCGAGCCGUGGCACGCCGGCCCCACUGACCUGGAGUUCGUGGAGCGCGGCACCAACCUGCUGCGCAUCCGCUGGACGGCGGCCAGCGGCCCUGUCGCCGGCUACACGGUGCAGCACGUGCCGCUCACGGGCCUGGGGCAGCAGUUGGUGGCCGAGCGGCAGGAGGUGAGCCUGGGCCCCCGGGAGACGAGCGCCGUGCUGCGGGGGCUGCGGGCCGGCACCGAGUACCUGGUCACCGUCAUCGCCCAGUACGCCAACAGCGUCGGCGAGUCCGUGUCAGGCCGGGCGCGCACCCAGAGCGGCGCCGGCGUGCGGGACUUGCGCGUGGUGGAGACGGGACCGACCUUCCUCCGGCUGGCCUGGCAGCCCGGCCCCGAGCCGCCCCAGGGCUACGUGCUCAGCUACCUGGCGCAAGGAGCGGCCCAGGCAGAGGAGAAGAGCCUGGGCGCCAGCGCGCUGUCGGCCACCCUCGGCGACCUGCGCCCCGACACAGAGUACGUGGUGGUGCUGCGCCCCCGCGACGCCCGGCAGCCCGCGAUCCCGGCCACCCUCACUGCCCGGACACAGCGCCUGGAGGGCGUGCAGCGCCUGGCCGCGCACAACGUCUCCGCGCACGGCAUGCUGCUGGUCUGGGCGCCCGUUGCCGGCGCCACCGGCUACCGCCUCUCCUGGGCCGGCCCUGCAGGCCAGGAGGCGCGUGAGGUUGAGCUGGAUGCCAGCCGGACAUCGCACUCGCUGGGGGGGCUGCAGCCCGGCACCGAUUACCUGGUGACAGUGGCCCCGCUCUACGGGCGGCUGGAGGGGCCUGCGGCCUCGGUGAGGCGCAGGACAGAGGCGGGCGCGGAGCAGACGCUGAGGACCAACAUCCUGGGCCCCACGUCCAUCCAGGUGCUCUGGACGGCCAUCCGCGAGGCCCGCGGCUACCGCCUGGAGUGGAAGAGAGCCGCAGGACCCGAGCCGCCCAGGACCGUGUCCCUGCCCAGCAGCGUCAGCAGCUACCAGCUGACGGGGCUGCAGCCGGGCACCGAGUACCGCAUCACCCUCUACACGCUGUAUGACGGCGGCGAGGUGGCCACCCCCGUCACCACCUUCCAGACGGGCACGGAGCCGCCGCCGGGCACCGUCUCUGACCUGCGGCUCGUCGAGGAGGGCGGCCAGAGGGUCCGGCUGGGCUGGAGCGGCGUCACGGGUGCCACCGAGUACAAAGUGACGGUGCGCAACACGCAGGACGGCACGGAGAGGACCCGGCGGGUGCCUGGCACCCAGACCCUGCUGGAGCUGGGCGACCUGCGGGAAGGCGUCGCCUACCUGGUGCGCGUCUCGGCCCUGGCCGGCGGCCGGGAGGGCAGCGCUGCCACCCUCAGCGUCCGCCUCGGGCCGCCGGCGGUGGGCAGCGUUUCAGGGCUGCGGGUGACAGAGGCCGGCGCUGGGCAGCUGCGGGUCACCUGGAGCGGGGUGCCGGGUGCCGGGGGCUACCGGCUGACGUGGCGCGCCGGCGACGGCCCGGAGCAAUCCCGCCUGCUGCCUGCCGACCCCACCGCCUUCACCAUCGAGGGGCUGCGCCCCGGCACCCUCUACAUGGUCGGCGUCGCCGCUGUGGCUGAUGGCCGGGAGGGCAGCGCCGUCACUGCCACGGCCCGCACAGCGCCUGAGCAGGUGGGGACCGUGUCGCGGCUGGAGGUGCUGUCGUCCGGGAGCGACGUGGCCCGUGUCGCCUGGGUCGGCGUGCCGGGAGCCACUGCCUACCGCGUGGUGUGGAGCCGGCGUGAUGGGGGCUCCGAGAGCAGCCGGCUGGUCCCCGGCGACACCGCCUCCUUCGACAUCCCCGGCCUGCAGGGAGGCGCCUCCUACACCGUGAAGGUCACCGCACUCGUCGGCAACCGCGAGGGCAAGCCCGUCUCUGUCGUCGUCACCACGCCGGAGGCAGCCCCGGUGCCCCCCGUCAGCGACUUCCAGGUGACGGAGGCCUCGGAGAGCCGCCUGCGCCUGUCCUGGGCGCCGGUGGCCGGCAGCUCCGGGUACCGCCUGGCCUGGCGCCCGGCCGAGGGCGGGCUGCAGCGCAGCCAGCAGCUCCCGGCCGCUGCGCGCUCCUACGACCUGCUGGGGCUGGAGCCGGGCCGGCGCUACCACGUCAGCAUCACCCGCCUGGCGGGCGGCCGCGAGAGCGAGCCCGUCACCAUCACCGCUGUCACUGCUGCCGCGGGCCGUGUUGCCGGCCUGCGGGUGACAGAGGCGCGGAGAGACUCGGUGACACUCUCCUGGACGCCCGUCCCCGGCGCCUCCGGAUACGUCCUCUCCUGGAGGCUCCCCGGAGACGGCGGCGAGGUGCGACGGACGCUGCCCGGCGCCGCCAGCUCCCAGCAGGUGCCAGGGCUGCGCCUGGGCCAGCGCUACACCUUCACCAUCCGCCCGCUUUUCGGGAGCGUGCCAGGCACCGAGACCUCCGUCAGCGAGCGCACAGUUUGCAGCGACGGCCGCGGCGACAUCGUCUUCCUGGUGCACGGCACGCGGGACAGCGCCUACCGCGCCGACGCUGUCCGCGCCCUGCUCUCCAACACCGUGUCCGCCCUGGGCCGCCUGGGCCCUGACGGCACCCAGGUGGGCCUGGCCGUGUACAGCUACCGCAGCCUGCCCUGGAUCCUGCUGAACCGCUCCAGCGACCUGGGCACCGUGCUGGAGCAGAUCCGCGCCCUGCGCUACGAGGAGCCCAGUGGCAACGCCAUCGGGGCGGCCAUCAGCUUCGCCGGGAGGUACCUGCUGAGCCCUGGCGCGGGGCGCCGGCCCGGCGUGCCGGGGGUGCUGGUGGUACUGGCAGAUGGCCCCUCCGGGGACGACGCCAUUGCCGCGGCCAGGGAUGUCAAGGCGGCGGGGGUCCGGGUGCUGGCCGUGGGCAUGGAUGGGGCGGACCGGGAGCAGCUGCGCCGCAUCGUCACCGGCGAGGACCCGCGCUACGUCUUCCAGGCCAGCAACGCCCUGGCAGAGCUGGAGGGAGAGCUCACCGACGACCUCUGCACCAUCAUUUCCACGGGCAGGCCGGAGCCCUGCACCGUGCAAUGCCCCAGGGGCGAGAAGGGGGACCCCGGCCAGGUGGGACCACAAGGACGUGUGGGGCCACCAGGUCCCCCUGGAGAGCCGGGCCGCCACGGGCUGCCGGGCCCUCCAGGACCUGCAGGGCCGCCGGGUGCCCCAGGACGGAUCAUUGAGCGGCCAAGCAAGGGGGACAGGGGAUUUCCAGGAGCCGACGGGGUGCCGGGAAGCCCCGGGCGCCCCGGGAACCCUGGACCCCCCGGCCAGCCGGGCAAUCAGGGCAUCCCGGGCCCCCGAGGGGAUCCUGGGCCGCGGGGGCCGACGGGGCUUUCUGGCCCAAAGGGGGAGAAGGGCGAGCCGGGAGAGCCCAGGGUGCUCGUGGAUGGAGAGCCAGGACGGAAAGGGGAGCCAGGCACACCGGGCAGCCCCGGCCUCCCCGGCAGCCCUGGCCCCCGGGGACCGUUUGGAGAUCCAGGCCCUCCCGGGCCAGUUGGGCCCAUGGGGCCCCCCGGCCCCCCAGGAGAGUUCGUGAAGGGGGAGAAGGGUGAACGUGGAGAGAGGGGCCCCCCUGGACUGGUGGAUGGGGCAGCGCCGCAAGGGGAGCCCGGCACCCCGGGCCUGCCUGGAGACCCGGGGCCCCGGGGCCCUGCCGGCCCCCCUGGACCGAAGGGAGACAAGGGUGAUGGCGAGAAAGGUUUCCCAGGGCCGCCCGGCCGCCCCGGGGACCCGGGGGAUCGGGGCCCUCGGGGACCGCCGGGGGAGCAGGGGAGGAAGGGAGACCGCGGGGCGCCGGGGGAGCUGGGAGAGACGGGCGCGAAGGGAGACCGCGGCGUGCCAGGCCCCGAGGGCGAGAAGGGCGAAGCGGGGUCCCCGGGGCGCCCAGGGCUCUCGGGCAGAGAGGGAGCCCCAGGACCAGCCGGCCCGCGAGGGGAGAAGGGCGAUCCGGGAGUGCCCGGUGAACCCGGCAAGCCGGCCCCCAGCGCAGCUGGCGUCAAAGGAGAGAAGGGCGACAGAGGCUUUUCGGGACCAGAGGGGCCCCCUGGCCUCAAGGGUGAUGCGGGAGAUAAAGGAGCCCCCGGCGCCCCUGGCCUGAGCAUCCCGGGCCCAGCCGGCCCCAAAGGCGAGCAGGGCGACCGGGGUAUCGUCGGCCUCACUGGUAGGAGCGGCCCAAAGGGCGACCCGGGGGAGCCCGGUGAGAAGGGCGAGCCGGGGCGAGCAGGUUCGCCAGGGCAGAUCGGCCUGCGCGGGAAGGAGGGAGAGCGUGGAGAGAAGGGGGAUGAAGGCACCCCGGGUGAAGCAGGCUUGCCUGGCAAACCUGGAGACAGGGGCCCCCGGGGCCUCCCUGGAUACCGUGGCCCUCCUGGGGAGAAGGGCGACACAGGGGACCCAGGUCUGGAAGGCAGAAAUGGCAGCCCCGGAGCACAAGGCAAUAAGGGUGACCGCGGGGAGCCGGGGCUUCCUGGACCCCCAGGACGAACUGUCGACGGGGGGCUCGGAGGAGUGGGAGAGAAGGGCGAGAAGGGGGACCCCGGGGACCCCGGCGAGGACGGUGCGAAGGGUGCCAGGGGCGAAGCCGGCUCCCCCGGCCUGCCCGGAGAGAGGGGCAUCGAGGGCCCCCGAGGCCCCCCCGGCACGCGGGGUGACCCCGGGGACCGAGGCCAGCCGGGAGAGAAGGGUGAUCGUGGCCCGCCGGGGCUGGAUGGCCGCAACGGGCUGGAAGGGAAACCCGGGCCGCCGGGCCCCGCCGGGCAGAGGGGUGAUGCCGGGAAGCAGGGGGACCCCGGCCGGGACGGACUGCCCGGGCUGCGGGGGGAGCAGGGCCUGCCUGGCCCCAUCGGCCCCCCAGGACCGCCUGGCCUCCCCGGCAAAGCUGGCGACGACGGCAAACCCGGCCUCAACGGCAAGAACGGGGAAGACGGGACGCCGGGAGAAGAUGGGAGGAAGGGAGAAAAAGGUGAUGCUGGAGCCCCCGGCAGAGAUGGCCGCAGCGGUGCCAAGGGCGAGCAAGGGGACAGCGGCUUGCCAGGCCCUCCCGGCGCCCCCGGCCUCCCCGGUGUCCCGGGGCAGCUUGGCCCCCCAGGCCAGGGUUCGCCAGGCCUUCCCGGCAUUGCUGGACCAAAGGGGGAUCCAGGGGAGCCCGGAUCCAGAGGGGAGCCGGGGCGACCUGGUAUCCCCGGAGCACGCGGUGAGCCUGGGACAGGAGUGAACAUUGAACGUGGCCUGGAAGCCCUUGGCAUCAAGAUUUCCUCCCUCAAGGAGCUCACGGGUGCCUAUGACGGGAGCUCGGACUCGUUCCUGCCCGUGUCCGAACGCCUGCGGGGCCAGAAGGGCAGCAGAGGGGAGCCGGGGGAGAGAGGGCCUCCGGGCAGAGAGGGCUCCAUAGGCUUCCCUGGCGAGCGAGGACCCAAAGGUGACAAAGGGGACCAAGGCGCCCCUGGCCCCCAGGGCCCCACGGGCCGUGCUGUGGGCGAGCGGGGCCCUGAGGGGCCACCUGGCCAGCCGGGAGAGCCUGGCAAACCGGGGAUCCCCGGGGUGCCGGGCCGGGCCGGGGAGCUGGGGGAGGCCGGGAGGCCCGGCGAGAAGGGUGAGCGAGGCGAGAAGGGCGACCGGGGCGAGCAGGGCAGAGAGGGUUUGCCAGGACCCCCAGGGCCCCAGGGGCCCAAGGCGGACGCGGCGGAGGGCGGCCUCGCGGGCUUUCCAGGCGAGCGUGGCCCCACCGGACCCAAGGGAGCCAAGGGCGAUCCGGGCGCCGAGGGCGAGCGUGGACCCAAAGGCGAUAAGGGCGAAGCUGGACCACGGGGCGAGCGAGGAGAGCCUGGCGAGAAGGGCAGGGACGGCUCCCCGGGCCUCCCGGGAGAGAGAGGGCUGGCCGGCCCCGACGGGAAGCCGGGCCCGCAGGGCUUUAGAGGGCCUCCCGGCCCGGCCGGCAACCAGGGAGACCCGGGCCCCCCAGGACCUCCGGGCACCGCUGGCCCGCCGGGCGCCCAGGGCCCCUCUGGGAUAAAGGGAGAUCCGGGGGAGCCUGGCUCCAGCAUCCGAGGCUUGCCCGGUCCCCAGGGCAGCAUGGGGCUGCCCGGUCCCCCCGGCCCCCCCGGCCUCGUGGGCCCGCAGGGUGCCCCCGGGCUGCCGGGACAAGUGGGGGAGAGCGGGAAGCCGGGCGUGCCGGGCAGAGACGGCGUGCCGGGGAAGGACGGCGAGCCGGGGCCACCCGGGAAGAUGGGGGUGCCGGGACCUUCAGGCCCUGCCGGCCCCAAAGGAGAGCCGGGGGACGCCGGAGCCCCGGGGCAGGCCAUCGCUGGCCCUCCCGGCGCCAAAGGCGAGAAGGGUGAGCCGGCGCUGAUGGAGGGAGUCCUGCUGGGCGAACCCGGCUCCAAGGGCGACCGGGGCUUGCCCGGCCCCAAGGGAGAGAAGGGGGAGCCCGGAAGACUGGGGGAGCCUGGAGAUCCCGGGGAAGACGGAGCCAAAGGAGCGUCGGGAGCCAAAGGGGAAAAGGGCUCUGCUGGCGUCGGCAUGCAGGGACCCCCAGGACAGGAUGGACCUCCCGGCUUGAAGGGUGACACCGGCUUGCCAGGCCCACCAGGACCGCCGGGCUUGGCGGGUAUCGCCGGCACACCGGGACAGCCGGGCCUCAGAGGAGACAGCGGACAGCCGGGCCCCCCGGGCGCCCCCGGAGAGAGGGGUCUCAUCGGCUUUCCUGGGAGAGACGGCACCACUGGACCGGUCGGACCGCCGGGGCCCCCGGGGCCAGCUGGGGCGCAAGGGACGUCCGGCCUGAAAGGUGACAAGGGGGAGCCGGGGCUCGGGCUGCCGGGAGCCAGAGGUGAGCGAGGAGACCCAGGCCCGCGGGGCGAAGACGGGCGCCCAGGGCUGGAAGGCGACCGCGGGCCGGCGGGCUCACCCGGGAACCGCGGGGAGCGCGGCGACAAGGGAGACGUCGGGGCCGUGGGGCCCAAAGGAGACAAGGGUGACACCGUCGUGGUGGAGGGGCCCGCUGGAGCGCGGGGCAGCAAGGGGGAGCCGGGAGCGCGGGGCCUGAAGGGCGCCGAAGGGGACAAGGGCGACAAGGGGGAGCAGGGCGUCCCUGGAGAGAAGGGGGCACGGGGCGAGCAAGGCGAGAAGGGCUCCACGGGCUUCCCCGGGGCGCGCGGCCCCGGCGGGCAGAAGGGAGAAGUCGGUGCAUUGGGAGAGCCAGGCGAGCCGGGCCAGCCGGGACGGGACGGGAUCCCCGGGGCCCGGGGAGAGAAGGGCGACGUGGGACCCCUGGGCAUGCGCGGCCCCAAGGGCGAUCGGGGCAUGAAAGGCGCCUGCGGCCUCGACGGCGUCAAGGGCGAGAAGGGAGAGCCGGGGAUCCCGGGCCGCUCCGGGCUGCCGGGGAGGAAGGGCGAGCCGGGAGAGCUGGGCCUGUCGGGAGCACCAGGCACCCCCGGGAAGGAGGGGCUGAUGGGGCCCAAGGGCGACCGGGGAUUCGACGGGCAGCAGGGAGCCAAGGGAGACCAGGGGGAGAAAGGCGACCGGGGUGCUCCAGGCAUUAUUGGCGCCCCCGGCCCACGGGGCAGCGACGGGGCGCCCGGCCCCCCUGGCCCGCCGGGCAGCGUUGGCCCCCGUGGUCCCGAGGGCAUGCAGGGCCAGAAGGGCGAGAGAGGCCCCGCCGGAGAGUCGGUGACGGGGGCCCGCGGCGUGCCCGGCAUCCCCGGCGAGAGAGGAGAGCAGGGCAGCCCGGGCAGCCAGGGCCUCCGCGGGGAGAAGGGCGAGCCGGGCAUGACGGAGGAAGAGAUCCGGGCCUUCGUCAGGCAGGAGAUGAGCCAGCACUGCGCCUGCGGCGGCCAGUUCCCGCGCCUGGAUUCACGUGAGCACUCAGGAGGCUGGGGGACUCAUGCCAGGAACAGCUUUAACUUGGCCAAGGGAAGAGGAAGACGCGUCCGCCAAGAGACGGAGCGUGGCCAAACAGGUCUCUUCCCCAACUAUCCAUCCACCCAACCGUUCCCGCCUCUCAAUGCCCACGUAGUCCCCGUGCUUAAGUUGUCGCACGCGGAGGAAGAGGAGGGGCAGGACACGCGAGUCGCAGCCGACGCCAGCGACCUGGAGUACGAGAGCGCGUACACGGAGGAGGACUACGACGAGUCCCUGGAGGCGGGCGGCACGGAACAGCCCCUGACGGGCGACGCCCCCCCCUGCAGCCUGCCCCUGGACGAGGGUGACUGCCACCGGUACACGCUGCGCUGGUACUACAACCAAAGAGCCGCCGAGUGCCGGCCCUUCGUCUACGGCGGCUGCCGGGGCAGCCUCAACCGCUUCGACAGCCGGGAGGACUGCGAGCUGCGCUGCGGGCGCCGGGUGGGGGCCCCCCCGGGAGCAUCGCGCCCCUCCGGGCCCUGACGCCGCCGAGCUUCUCCCCGGCGGCAGGACCAAGGUGCGAGGGGCUCUGCCUCGGCAGGAAGGGCCGGCCGCUCUCCGAGCAGGGCCUCGGCUCCUCCGGGAGGGCCGCGCCGGGCUCCCGCGGCCUCACCGCCCUCCUCCCGCGGCGGCCCCGGCCCCCGGCAGGAACCUGGUGCUAUUUCUAACGUGUCUUUUUGUUGCUCGCGGGUUUUCUCCUUUCACAUCGGUUUUAUUUUCCAUUAAGGUGAAAUUUCUAUCAAAUGGGAAACCAAAUCCCCCCCGCAGCCUUUUAACCUCCUUUCCGAACUGCAGUUUGCUCAGGUUGUUGCCCGCUUGAUUUUUAACUUAUUUGCUGCUGAGGGUCGGCCCCUGGCCCCGGCUCCCUCUCCGGGGCCCUGGGCCAGGCACUGCGGGAGCAGAGCUGGGCACUGGUGCGGUUGGGCUCCCUGGGGCUACGGCUGCUCGGUUCCCGCAGCCCCCCGCCCUGCCUGUAACGCGCUCACCCCUCCCCUCAGGGGGUGAAGCCCUGGGUCUGCAGCGGAGGUUGCAGGCUGCUCUCAUCUCCCUUCCCGACCCCCUGGGGCCCCCAGAAACCUCGUGGGGACCCAGAGCCGCAGCACAAAGCUGCUUUGCAGUGCCCAUGCAUGGUCCAAGCCUGAUCCGGCUUUGGAGCAGCAGGGCAAAAUGGGCCGCUGCCUGGUGGGGUACACGAAGCCCGGGCAAAGAGGCGCCUCCCUGAACCCCUUCGCCUGCUCUCUGCAGCCUGCUGCAUUUGAAUAAAUUUCACCUUAAUCUCAGCCGAGACCCAGUUCACCUUUUGUGGGUGUGAUGGUUUGGCAAAGACCUGCAGGAAGGCUGGAGGUGUUCUCCAUGCGCUACCCUCCACCUCGCAUGCCUGCCAGCAGCACAUCUGUCUUUACUCCGGGGGUGCUCGGCUGCCCCGCCAGUCCCGGCAGGGAAACCCUGGAGCUGGUGCUAUGUUAGAGGCGGUUCCUGCUUGCGGAGGCUCUCAAACGCUUCGCGAAAGCGGCGUUUGCUCCUGGGGGGUCGCAGCCUCUGCCCUUCCCCAGCCACGGAGCCAGGGCCGUGUCCCCCCUCGCUGGGGCGGCUGGGGAGGGAGGGCCGCACGCUGCCAGAGCCCCCCGCCGAGGGGGGGUUGUAUAGGGCGUCUGUACGUACUGCUGCUCUGUGUGUAUAUCUGUAUACAGCGACUGUAUAUGUGUACGGAUGCGGGGCCGGGGUAUUAAAGCCAUGCUCACAGCCA